GGGGGGGGUGGUACAAGCGAGGGUGUUGUUGGUGUAGCAGUGCAUCCUACCUAGGCGACUCGUACCUCGCUUGAUUUCUAUGUAUAAGAGCAUCCGAACUCCUGCGAGCUGCCUGCGGAGGGGUUCCCAUAGCUCCUAACUUUCAUUGCCGCUAACUACCCGAAAGUUGCUCAAAAUGUCAGGCGUGUUUGGAUUUGUCAACCGGAACUGGGUUCUCGUGGCUGGACCUACGCCUGUUCCCAAGAACGACAAUGCGCUCAAGUUUGGAAUCCUCGGUGCCGCCAAGAUUGCGCCUAUGGCGCUAAUUGGGCCAGCUCAGACUCACGCUGGAGUGGUGAUACAGGCCGUCGCUGCAAGGGAUAAGAAAAAGGCGGUAGCCUAUGCCAAGAAACACGGGAUUCCGCAGGUGAUGGACAGCUACCAAGCAAUCCUCGAUGAUCCUUCAAUCGAUUGUAUCUACAACCCACUGCCAAACGGCCUUCACUACGAGUGGACGCUACGUGCGCUCGCGGCAGGCAAGCAUGUCCUGUUAGAGAAGCCAUCAACGGCGACAGCUGCGGAGGCCGAGAUCCUCUUCAACCACCCGCUGCUGCAGCAGAAGCCCAAGGCCCCCGUGCUCAUGGAGGCCGUCCACUACAGGCUGCACCCGGCAUGGUCGCUGUUCAUGUCGUUUGUCGAUCCUCCCAACGUCGUGCACGCCCAGGCGAUCACCAAGUUCCCGCGGUUCCUGUUCGCCGAUGAUGACAUUCGGUUCACGUACUCGCUCGGGGGCGGAGCAACGCUCGACCUGGGCACGUACGGCGCGUCGGCGGUCCGCAUCAUCUUUGGCGGCGCGCUACCCGUGGAGUGCACCACCGCGCACAUGAAGCCGUGUCCAGCGCCGCGUGAAAAGUGCGACGAGGCCGUCAAGGCCACCUUCCGCUUCGCCAAUGGGGGGACAGCCGACAUUGAAGCCACGCUGCGCGGGACGCUGGCGGAGCUGGUGGACGUCUCGCCGCGGGUGUGGGCGACGCACCGGCCCGUCGAGGUGCCAGACGCCACCCUGCCCGAGAACCAGGAGAAGAUCAGGACGCGCAAGGUCUAUAUGGCAAACUUCAUGGGUCCGUCCAUCUGGCACCGCAUCGACGUCGAGGACGACUACGUGAUCCGGGAAAGAGCUCCCGGUGGGAUUGAGGGCCCGCACGACGAGAGCAGACGGACCGUCAAGAGCUGGAGCGAGAAGAAGAGCGUUAAAGGCUACACCUGGGCGGACGUGGGUGCUGAGGGGAGGGGAGAUGCGCCUCAGUGGAUGACGUAUCGACACAUGCUUGAUCAGUUUGUCAAUCGGGUAAGAGGAGAUCAAGGCUCUGGUUUGUGGAUUGAACAUGAAGACAGCGUGAUCCAGGCACGCAUGUUGGACAUGAUGUACGAAAAGUCAGGCUUAGGGUUGAGGGAAACCAGCACUUUCAGAUUGUAGCCGGAAAAAGUGAGCAAACAUUUUCAUUUUCCAAUGGUAC